GUGAGCAGCCCGGCCCGGCCACUCCACCCAGCUCAGCCCCCGCAGCGGGACCGGCCCAGCCAGCACAGCCUGCGGACGUCCCCAGCUGCGGCCGGAGCCCGUCGGGGCUUUACCUUCCGUUUAGCUCUGCGGAGAUGGGUCCAGAUCACACCUCUCCCUUCCGUGCCUCAAUGUAAAAGAAAGAUUUGGGCCCUAAAGAAAGUACUUUUUUAAAGAACACAGGGGAAAGUACUGAUUCACAGGCUGGAGCCUCCCCGGCUGCGGGCUGCGCCAGGUUAUCCACGCGGGAGAAGGUUCUUGGUUACGCGUUUGGCAGAGCCCAGGUGUGAGGUGCGGGGUGGGAGCCUGCCCUCCCCCAGUCGGCCCAGCAGCCCCUGCUGGUUUCACUUUCUUUCCUAACCAUCACUUAUUUCCUUCUGCAGCCGUUCACAGGCGAGAAGCAUCGCUCUCCCGUCUCUCCUCCCCUUUCCCAGCCCUGACCCCGCGCUCCCUGCCCAGGGCAAACUCUUCCCUGCCCAGGAGACCUCGGCUCCUCUCCGCACACCCGCAGCCGCGCCGGCCAUGGGGAGGAACGCACGGCCCUUCGCCUUCCUCACCUUCACCUGUGCGUUUUCCUCCUGCUUUGCUGCAGUGGCCCUGGGGGUCGAACUGUCUCCAGAAACCACAUCCUUCCACCAUACAGCUACUUCUGCUCAGCCACUUUCCCUUUAUCAUUCUUCACCCCAUCAAGACACCACAGUUCAUUUUAACAGCACAGGCUCUCUGGAGACAACCCCCGUGCAGACAACAGGCCAGCCCCAGGUAACAACAGCACCAGCCCAUCACACGGCAGGAGCAGCCACCACACAAGUGACUGGCCAGACACCUCCCACGGUGGUACCCACAACAUCAGCAGACAACGCAACCCAGGCCCUGGAAACGGUUACAGCUGCAGUGGAGAACACAACCAGUCACUCUGUGUCCUCAACCAAGCAAGCAGCAAAUGUGAGCACAGAAAUGACAGUGGCAUCCACAAACUCAACCAUAAAUCAUACAACGCCAAAUACACAGAUGACAACUGCUGCCACAACUACUACAGCCGCCACCAUGCAAACUGUAAAGCCCACCACAGGGUCAGGAAAUCAAACAACAGCGCCUCAAAGUCCAACAACCACAGCCAUGGCCAACAGGACAACCAUUCGUCCAGGGACUCAAACAACCGUCCCAUCUACGACGACAACGGCGAGACCUACUCUUGCGCCACGGCCUUCUCCCAUCCCCACUGGCACAUACACCGUUUCCAGCAGGAACAGGACCUGCAUCAAAGCGGUCAUGGGCUUGCAACUCAUGGCUCAAAAUGCACAGAAGAAGCAGAUGGAGUACAUGGCUGUCAACCCCAACGCGACGCAGACAUCCGGCAGCUGUGGGACGAUGCAGUCCGAGCUGAACAUAACCUUCAGUGGAGGGUUUAUAAUCUUCACCUUUGUAAAGGAAGAUCCAACGUACCAUGUCAGUAAGAUUGAGUCCAGAUUACAGUUAUCUUCUGGAGGUAUGCUUUACUAUGCAGCCAUACGUGAGAAGCUGUUUACAACAACACUGGGGAAUUCCUUUAAGUGUGCCAGCAAGCAAACCUUCGGCUUGGAGAAGAACUUCCAGCUACUUAUUGUCAAUAUGCAGCUGCAGGCGUUUGAUAUUGUCGGCAACCAGUUUGGAAGAGAAGAAGAAUGUUUUCCUGAUAAAAACAGAAAAGCAGCUCCCAUCGCGGUGGGCCUGAGUAUCCUGGGGCUGUUUGUCAUUGUGUUUGUCACUUUCCUGAUUUCCAGAAGAAAGCCGCAUAGAGGAUACGAACGCAUCUGAGGUGCCCUUGUAUUUCCGAAUGUGUGUACCAAGUAGAGAAGUCACAGGAGUUCUAGCUUCGACCUGGCCAUCUCACUGCCCCAAAGCCACUUGUUUAAGUGGGAUGACACCCUGUGUUUAAAGCUAAUGAAUAUUUCUGUAAGCGAUUUCUUUAAGGUGGGAAGAAGAGAACUCUCACCAUCUACUUUAGGCUAUUCUUAGCAUCCAAUUUAGAUGCAGUCCAGAGCCUAAAUUCUUUAUAUUGUCAAUAAAGGAGGUAAUUCAGACCACCUAAGUCAGAUGCCUAAAAAUAGCUUAAAGUGAGCAGUAUCACUAUCCCCCAGAAAAUCCAUCAGAUUUGUCAAAGAUAGCAUUUAGACUUAUUAAAAUAGAUGAGUCCAGUAAUAUGACCUUCAAGUGAAUAAACCAGAGGUCCACAGCUGCAGCCAACCCUGUUAAACCAGAGCUCACGAAAGCCCGGUGGGAGCACUGUGUGUGCUGAGGGCUCGGGGCAAGGGUAGCGUGACUUCCAUUCACAAGCAAGUUCUCACCAGUCCUGCAACGGUUACAGUUCGUAAGUUCUUGGGUUUUUCCUACUAAGCCCUUCACAAGGACAGAGUAGUGAUUUGUGACUCUUACUCUGGAGGCAGUGUUCUUAGACAAUUUUCUAGUUUGCAGUGCCUGUGUAUGCAAAUGGGAGAAGAUUCCCCAACUGGGGUCACACUCCCUGACCGAAAUUGUCACUUCUCAUCGCUUGUCUCAGCCCUGCUGCAAAGGUGCCUGAACUUCUUGCCAAUAACUCCUGAACUGCAGGCUCCUAAAGCACUGCACACUGGAGCGAUCUGACGUUGGUAAGUUUGUCCUGAAGCGCUGUGCUGCAAACGGCACAGCUCAGGAGCUGGUUGGCAGGCAGCUGAGAUGUCUGUGCAGCAGAACCGGGCAGUAACUCCACCCCAGGCCACCCCAGGCCAUCCAACCCCACUUGUCCAUCGGUGCUCGAGGCACAGCAUCCCUUUGCCACGUGUUCGCCACACGACGUGGAGAGAGCUGACGUGAGGGUCUGAAAGCACCACGACACUUGGGCCAGUGCUAAGGAUGCCAGUGCAGUAGAUGGGGACUGGGGUGAGUUUGCUUGAUAAAUUCAAGGAGCUCAAUAUUUCAUGGCCUGGUGAGAGCUCAUGAGUCACCCAGUUCCUAUUCAGACAUGGAUCUGUUCAGUGACCGACACAACUCAGUAACAGUCCCUCUACUGAGCUGUAGAUCCCUCUUAAUCCGGGAAGAUCCCAUGCUCACUGAAAACGCCAGGGAUUAAGUGCUCACAGUUGUGGCAGACCUGCACAAGGUCCGUGAGCAAAUGGAAAUGCACCGACACUGUACAUUCAUGGCUUCUGUGGGAAAUAAAAGCUUGCACAGGUCUUGGAAAAACUCUCUGCCCCACAGUGAAUGCUCUUCCGCGUGCUCACAGCUGAGCACUGGGGUUUCAUACGGAUGUAACCUGGAGUUGCUUUAAAGCACCCUCAUUCAUACGCUCUGCAGUCCCUUUCCUGCUAAGCCAAUGACGAAGGCAUGAAAGUAGUAACUGCUUUUGAGAGUAAGUUCAGUGAAUGCUCUUUGUUGUAACAAGGAAAAUCUUGUCACAGAAGAUUUACAAAGCUAAACAUGUGCACAAAUGUGUACAUAAACACACCCAUAAUCUGUUCACUGUGGAAAAUUACAUCAAAAUGAUAAGAAAUUACAUAUAAAAACAUUUACAAAAGAGAAAAUAAUAUUAAAUAAGAGUCCCCCUUAGGAGUUAGGGUAAUGGCUUAAAUUUUUUGUUUGCACUUGGAGAAACAAUAAGACAGAAGUCAGAACCGGCUGUGAGCAAGGGAGGCAGUUGAUUGUAAAGUAAAGUAGCACAAGAAACAGAACUUUCAAAUCCUUAAUACAGAGACGGUGAUUUGAACUGUAUUCAGUUGAAUACUCAAAUUGAAAUUUGAGUAUUUCAAUGAUUGUUUUGUAAAAGGCUCCAGCACUGUUAAUAUUGCUUAGUGAACUUUAUCUAGCUUAUUUUCACCCUUCCUCCUUCCCCCGGUUAGUGGCCAAGCAGCCACCGAACCCAGUGUGUUGGUCAGGCCCCCAGCUUAAUCAGCUCCCUCUACUUCUCAGGGUUAAUACUAUUAAUCUGUUGUUUAGAAAGCAGAUUUUUAUACUAGAUUAAAGCAUCCACUUUUUUAAAAACAAGAGAAUUGCUUCUAUGUCCAGCAGGAAAGGUAAACAUAUGGAAGAGCUUCCAUUUGAAAACGAGCCCACAAUAGUGAUGUUACUGUCCUAAACCCUUCCAUGUGGGCGUUUUAACAACAAACGCUGCCGAAAGCUCAGCACCGCACAUGAUCUGACCCUAAGCCGUUCUGACACAUGACCCGUAGGUACCUUUCCCAUUCAAAGCUAAGUCCUUUUUCACACGUUCUUUUAUUGCUGGCUUGUAUGAUUUGUACAGUUUGUUAUUUCUACUGAUAUGGAUAUAGCAUUUUCUUGUUGUGUUCUGUACUCAAAAAUUUCUUUAUGUUAAUAUCCAGUGUUUUAAUGUUUGAUAUCAAGAUGAGGAGAGAAAGCUACUCUUAAUGACUGAUAAUUCUUUGUUUAAUCUUGUGACACCCUCUGGCAUUUUUACCGAUGAUGCAAGGUUAAUGUGGUUUUCCCCACUCAUUUUUUUCUUUCUACAGUGAAUCAAACUGUCGGUAUUGAACAAUGUUUGGAUUCAGGUUUACUUGAUUUGUUCUUAUGCUUUUUAUUGCUAUUAUUUGUUUGCUAUUUUUGUGAAGCUACAUACUGCCCUUUCUGGAGGAAUAAUACUCCGGGCUUGCUCUAAACAGCAGAGGUGAAGUGCACGUGAUAUAAACCGAUGAAACAAUUGGAUGCUCCCACGAAAUGCUGCCAACAUGCAGCAAAAUUAAUCCAAUGGAGUUAGGGCUUUACAGCAGGAGAGGAUCCAUUGGAGAAUUCCUUGCUGCAGCAGGAGAUCCCAGCCCCUAAGUGCCACCUCUCUCCCCCCCAGCCCAGCCUGCACGCCGUCACCUCCAUCCCCGGCCACGGAACAGAGAGCCGGCAGCAGGGACGCGUGUCAGCAUCGCAGGGGCUGCUGCCUCUUGGAAUGUAACGCUGAGUUAAAAUUAGACAGCCCAGCUGCUCCCUGAGUUGCCGUCUGCAGCUUUUAAAGCCGAUGCCUGUAUUUAUUUUCAACUAGAAUUUAGGUAGAUAUUUGCCUGGCACUUUUUUGUCUGGUGGAGUUGCUUUGAGGUCCUCCUCCCAAGUGGGAAGACUCUAUAGGUGUAAUUGGCCUUGGUUGCCAGACUUUCUCUUUUAAACAUCUUGUCUGAGGAGACAUUUUGCGCAAAAAGUCCCUAAAAUAACCCCACAGAAAGAAGAGGCUCUUGGGAUAACCCAGUUGUACCCUAGGUGGGCCAUAACAGUCACAGCAUGGGCAGCAGCCCCAGCUCACUUUUUCCCCCAGUUGCAGACUCAGAUCAACCCAUCCCUGACCCAGAAGACACUGAUCAUGAUGACAUGAUGCAUCCUACCAGGGCGGCUACGCGUCACUUGCUCGCAGGCAUGUGCUGGGCAGGAUACAGCACGUCCCUCCAGCUCCCUGGUGCUCUGCUGCAGCUCUCGCCCCCGACCCUUCACCAUGGUCUCUCGCACGCCCAAGGUGGGCACAGGUGCACCCCAUGAGCACGAUGAUGUCAUACUUAGCCAAAUUGCCAAGGAGUUUAUAAAGCGAGAUCUAAUUUCUUUCAGACCUUUUCACCCUCUGAUGGACAAAGUCCAACUUAAAAACCAGCUGUUAAUUCUGGUUGGAAGAGGAAGGGAGCCAUACAUUGGCAAUUUGAGUGUAUGAAGGUGGUUUGGUUGAUCACUUCUAGCUUGCUAUAAUAUAUAGUUGCUAAGAAUUAUUUGCUAUGGGAAGUAAGAUAUGCGCUUUAUUUUUCUAUUAUUGGUGUUUCUAUUAUAGAGGUUGUAUUUAGUCAUUAAAGUAGCCAUUGCUGUGCAAUUAUUUUAUCUCUCGAGACUGUUUCACCUAACCUGUUUAAAAGCCAAGUACAAUCUAACAAACAGGCAGGGUCCUCUGGGCUCUGGACACAAGCCACAGCCACAGAUAUGCUUAUAUCUAACCGUGGUAUUUCUUCUGUGGCUUGCGCAGCUCAUCUGACAUUUCUAUCUUUGUUUCAUCAGCAUUACAAAAAAAAAAAAAAGGGUAUUGAAAAUAUCAUGCGGUUUUCUGUUAAUCUCCCCACAGCUUCCAGAGUAUCUGAAUACACUGUGUUUCUUUAUGAGACUACAUCUCUUUUUGUUUCCUAUCGGUCCGAUAAACACAGCCCAUAACUCACAGCAGAUGUGAUGGAUGCUUGUUACUUUGUGUUUAAAGUGCUUUUACAGAUAACAGUCUCAGGAAUUAUGAUAAGAUUUUUUUGAGGAGAAUGCACCCUUUCAGUGUGCAGUUAUGGAAACCAGAGGAAAUAAGUAGCUUGGGAAAUACCACACUUAAACUUGAGAAUUCAACAGCUUCUAUGUCGGUCAAAGGAAUUUCCCAAAGGAUGGGGGCUGGACGAGGUAGGUGACCUUUAAAGGUCCUUUCCAACCCAAACGAGUCUAUGAUUCCAUGUGACUUGCUGUGAUUUUGCUGUUGCUGCCACAUCAACAGCCAGCUUAAAAUACACCUGUGGGACAAUGGCAUGAGGGAAACUUCUCAAUAAAAGGGGGCACUCAAAAGUUCUUCAGUUUCGUCUUUAAAGGUUUUUCAGAGAAACUAGAAAGCAAAUCUGUCUAGAGCUAGGUUUGCAUUUCAGCUGAUGAGCUAGGAUUUAUAUGGGGCCUUUUCCAUGUUCAUUGCCUGGGGAAGGGGGGGAAUCUGAAGGGAACCCUGAAGGGCUGCUGGACGUCUCAAAAUUCUCUCUUUCUUGACAAGGUUUAAUGGCAGAUGGAGGAAUAGUCAAUCAUUUUUCCUUUUAAGGCAAAACCCAUCCAUAAGUCACACCAUGGACUGUCCCAGAAUCACAGAAGUUUGUAAUUGAUUGAAGAAAUGUUUUUACACCAGAGUGUCUAGGAAAAGAGAGUAUUUUUUUAAAGCAUGAAUUUGAGGAAAAUAAUAAGGGUGAGGAGAGAAAGAUUUCUACGAAGUUCACUAGUAAGGUGACAAGACACCUGGAGGCUACUCUGUCUUUCUCACAUCCACGGCUGUGGCCAUUGCACGCCCAUAAUGCAGGGGCUGUCUGAAGUUUGUCAGCCCACACUCACUCUCCUGGGCUUUCGUCAGCGUCUGGGCUUUCCCAGCUAGCCACAAAAUGUCUCAAACCCUGCAUUUCCCUUUUUCUGCAAGUCCUAUUGCCUAUGAAGUUGAUAGAUCACAAGUAUUUUAUUAAAUUAUAAUUUAAUUGUCUCAGUUUCUUACUUAACUCUUUCUUCAGAAUUGUAAAAAGGAGUAGGUUGCAUUUCCCACAUGCAGAAGCAAAAUAAAUGGCUGUUGGGAAACAGGAAAGUGUUCAAUCUGCGUCAGGAAAUCUGUGCAGAUUACAGACACAGAUCUUGGUGUCGAACCUCAGCUUUGCUGGGGCUUUCCUGUACCCCAGAAAAUUCUGAAUAAUACGAUUAAUGAGUCCAGGCAAUGUUUAACCUCAUUCAUUUUGCCACGGAAUGACAUUUUUUGCAUCUCCUCAAGGACAAUGAAUUCAUAUUUCAAACUAAUUAUGAUGUUCACAAUCUGCUCAUGGAAAAAAUAAUAAUGAGAAAAGUACUCAAAUUAUUAAUCUAAAGCAGUUUAGAAGCUUACAUAAUAACAUUUAAACUGUUGCCAGUCCAACCCAUCCAGUACAUCACUAGGUUCAUCACAGCACCUCUGCCUAUGUACACGCACAUUAAGCAUAUUACUGGUGUCAGUGAGAAAAUUAAUAUUUUCUGCAUUUUGGUUUUAUUACAUUGCACUUUCAAACAUCUGCGUAUGCCAUCUGGUGAUCCCGCUCGACUUUGCAGGCCCUAAAAGCCAUGCCUGCAGGGUGCCUUCACCAAGAGCAGAUUUGCAAUAUAAAUGAUUUUCCAACUUCCAUUAGUUAU